GCCGUGCGAUACCUCAAGCACGUUGUCGAUGGUCUGGGCAGGGAGCGCUUCAGAACGAUGGUUGACUUGGCGUUGCGGGUCGACAACGCACUGCAGUCCGAUUUGUGCUGCACGGAAGGCCUCGACAGCGCCUGGGUGCAGGUGACAGACCUGGACGUGUUCAGCUGGUAUAUUAAAGGCAAUCAGUGGUGGAAUGCCUUCGUCCGCUAUCUGUGGAAAACGGAACCAGCGGAAGACUGGCAGAAGCGCCUCGUGGUCACAGGAUACAACCAGAUUAAGAACGCUUUCGCAACGCUCGAACAACAUUCUGACGUCGCGCUGCUCUACUUGUACCUGCUGGCUUCAGCCGAGGUGCUACAGUAUGACUACCGGAAGCGUGUGCUCCAGAGCGACAAUGAGGACUCCGGUGUGGUGUACGCCUGCAUGGAAGCAACACGGCGAGUCCUCUCUCCAUCGUGGCCCUACGUCAUCGCAGAUGUCUCUGGCUACGCACACGUCACAGUCGCUGUCGGGGACAUGUACGAACAGCUCCUCUCGUUGAGCAAUGAGAGUCCCUACUCGACGUCCAUGGACAACGUGACCCGUUUCCGCGCCAAUAGCCAGAUGAGCGUGCUGACGCUUGACGCCUUCCCUGCUUUCGUGCCUAUCAAAGGGGUCGACAUCAUAAGAUUCAGCAACGAUUUCAGACUUCAAGGCACCUUCGGUUCCGACUACUUGCGGCUUCUCGGUAUGUCCCAGUCGGUGGUGCGCGAUAGGGAGCAGCCUGCCGGUCUGGACCGCCUCACCGAUGACCAGUCGAAAGGCGUCCUGGAAUUCUCCCUCCUCACCCGAAGCCUGGUGGUGCCGUCUGCUUACACCCUUUCACCAGUUUUCUACGAACAAGACGUUCCCGAAAGCUUGAACUACGGCACGCUUGGAAGUUUAAUUGCGAAGGAGAUGUCCGAGAUGGUAGCGCCUGGCAGCCCUGCCAUCACUACAGACGCCGCGACGGAAGCGUCAGGUGAAUGGUGGACCGAAGCUUCUAGGAGGUCUCUCAACAAGACAAUGCAGUGCUGGCAGCGUUUGGCCAACAGGACGGAACCGAACGGCAGCGGGGGCGGCAACAGCAGCAGCGCAACGGCGGAACUGGGCCUCCUCGAGCGUUCCCUGUUCGUGUGGAGCCGCGGUGCGCGCCUCGCCUUCGACGCGAUGCGCAGGGUGGUGCAGCGUCGAGCCCUGCACUGGGCGCGCAGCGUUAGCGCAGCCCAGGAGCAGUGGCAGACGCAGCAGCGCGUCUUCUUCGCCCGCUUCUGCCUGCUCGCGUGCUCAGCGGCCUUCGACGGAAACGGGGCCAAACGAGGCGUGCUCUCUCCGCGGCUGCGCUGCAUGCUGCCCCUGGCCAACAUGCGCGAGUUCCACGCGGCUUACAACUGCACCCACAUCAACGAGACCAGCUACUGCCCCAGCCUGUGAUCAAAGGGGCAUUUCGUUUGCGCUGCUUCGCUGGUUUCGACGGCGCUGUCUGAUUAUGUGAAACAUUUUAGGUGUAGUGUGAUCUGCUUCUGUUUGCUUUUAUUUCGCCGCGGAACUUGCCCGACGAACGUCGUGUAACUCGCGCAGCAUAAACUGGGGUCGCUCGACGCCAGCCGCGAUCGUAUAUCCAUAACGUGUCUCCUUUUGUAAUAAAGAUUUCCCGC